GCCCAGCGGACAUCGGAGGAGCCGCUUCAGAUCGCGUUCAGUUCAGAGUGGAUUCCGUCCGAGAUUCCGUUCCGUUACAGCGUCCGCUCAGCGUCCGUCGAUCGCCAGGCAGUUAAGACCGCGACCUCGCGGCAUUCCGGCUGCAGUCUCCGGUUCCGUGUCGCGUCGAGCGUUUCGUGUUGAGGUACCCAGAGCUCCUUCCCGAUCCCUACACGUCCAAAAACCUGCCCACUUCCGCGUGGGGUGCUAAAGAAUGUCUCCAGUUUAAUUAGUAAGGUAGAAGACAAUCCUCUACGACGGCUACAGCAGUGCAACGCAUUUUGAAACUGUUGAUGCAACGGCAGCAGAAACUGCUGCGGAAAUUAUUCCAACUGACUGCAUUGGCAAAACGUUAAGUAUACGCAGUGGUGUGCGGGCAAAAAAGCUAAAAGCAAAAAGCCAACGAGUGCGUGCAAAGUGAGACAUAUCGCAGAACAAUAAUUAUCGCGGGGAGUGCCAUCAACCAGCUCCAUCCUGGGUAAUCUGUGGUUAAUCGUCCGAGAUUACCUCUUCGCCAAAAUGGGUCCCCCCACCUCAACUGAGCUGCCCCCGAAGACCACGGAACGCAGCGAUGCCCCCGUGGAGUUGACCGGGUACCGCAGGUGGCUCUCCGAGAACCUAAUGCUGCUGGUCACCCUUUCCGGAGUUCUCCUCGGUGUGAUACUGGGACUUUCGUUGCGGCCGCUAAAUUUACACGGGGACUCCAUCAUGCUGAUCUCGUAUCCUGGCGAACUGUUCAUGCGCGUGCUCAAGCUGAUGAUCUUGCCGCUAGUGAUUUCGAGCCUUAUUGCCGGAUCGGCCAGUCUGAAUGCCAAGAUGAACGGCAAGAUAGCGCUGCGCACGUUGGUUUACUUCGCCAGCACCUCGUUCUUCAACGCUGCACUGGGAAUCGCUCUCGUUCUGCUCAUCCAUCCUGGAAAUCCGGAUCUGCACAAUGCGGACGAUCGAUCGACGGAUCGGCGGGCAGUGAACCUUCUGGAUAGUCUUUUGGAUUUGGGCAGGAACGUAUUCCCGGACAACCUGUUCCAGGCCUCCAUUCAGCAGGCGCACACCGUCUACUUGCCCAAGCCGAGCAUCCUGCACGCCUUCAACGAGACGAUGAAUGACACCUUGGCAUCCGGAUCGGAGGCCCAGCGUUUGCCCGAGGAUCUCGCGGAGGAGGUGGUGCUGGUGAGGGACAUCCAGUACCGCAGUGGAACCAAUACACUGGGCAUCGUCUUCUUCUGCCUGGUGUUUGGCACUUUUUUGGGAACCAUCGGCCAGAAGGGUCAGGUCGUGGUUGACUUCUUUGCCGCCAUUUUCGAGGUGAUCAUGAAGAUGGUCACCUGCGUGAUGUGGCUGACACCCGUGGGCAUUAGUUCUGUGAUCGCUGGGAAGAUACUGAGCGUGGGCGAUUUGGGCCUGGUGAUGUCGCAACUCAUGUGGUUCAUCGUCACGGUGGCCAUCGGCGUGUUCAUCUACCAGUUUGUGGUGAUGCAGGCCAUAUAUUUCGUCGUCGUGCGUCGCAAUCCGUUCAAGUUCUACGCCGGACUCAUCCAGGCCAUGCUUACCGCCUUCGCCACGGCCUCAACCGCCGCUGCCCUGCCCAUUACAUUCCGCUGCAUGAACGAGAAACUCAAGGUGGAUCCGCGGAUCACGCGAUUCGUCCUACCGAUCGGAUGCAACAUCAACAUGGACGGAACGGCGCUUUAUAUCGCAGUGGCCUCGAUAUUUAUUGCCCAGAUGAGCGGCAUGGUUCUGGGAUUCGGCGAGCUCCUCACGGUGCUCCUCACCUCCACGGCUGCCUCCAUGAGCUCGGCCAGUGUUCCGAGUGCUGCCCUGGUGCUCCUUCUCGUGGUGCUGACCGCCAUUGAUGCUCCUGUUCAGGAUGUGACGCUCCUCUUCGCCGUGGACUGGUUUGUGGAUCGGAUUCGCACCACCAACAAUAUGCUGGGUGACUGCUAUACUGCAGCCGUAGUCGAGGAGUUGUCGCGAAAGGAGUUGAUGGCUUUGGACGCAGCUUCUGUGAACUAUCAGGACAUGGCCGCUGGCACGCCCAACGGACAUGGACACCACGAUGGAGGACUUCUCGAGGGGCAGACCGAGCUGGAGACGAACAGCAAGUGCGUUAUGACGAUGACGGACUCGGUGGUGGUGGACAUGAGUGCGGUGAUGAACAACGUGAACCUCCAGCAGGAGCACUGUAACCGCAGGGUCUAGGAUGUUUUGCACACUCCAGACUCGAAUUCAGUUCGUCAGCAUCAGCUCUAUAGUCCCAGAACCGACACCACCACCAACACAAUUACAACACCUAUGAUAUUCACCACCAAUAGACCGCAGUGUUCCCCGAGAAACAAAUUUUUGAUAUAGGAUCUUUAAACAAGCGAUCGGAUAUACUCGUAUAUCGAGAGGCUGUCUGACGAACCCACCCGCAUUGAAUUUACUCCUCUUUUGGACCAGUGUCGAUAGCAAUUAAUUAGCCUGAACACUUAAAGGACUCCGCAUACGUAAAUAUGGAAAUAUGGAAUAUUCACCUUGUAGGACUCGCAUAGGAAUAUAACUCGUAUGCCACAUAUUAGCACACACAUCUUACCUUAAACCCAAAAGACGAAGAAACGCAGAGCGCGGGAUUUUUGUGAUCUGUCCUGGGAACUAUGUGCAUAAUCUAUGGGUAUUAUUUUGUAAGCUCGAUUGUGAUGGGGGGUCACCACGCUGAUUUGUUUUAUAAUGUUGCUAAUUUAUACGUUAUAUAUGUGUUGUUCGGGUGUAUUUUGAGAGAUCAAUGUUUAAGUUGAUUGAGGGAUAGAAGUAGAAUCGCAGGUUGUACAAGAAGCUGGCCUAGGUUUAGUUUUAGUUGACCUCCUAUUUUCGUGAAACUCACGUUUGGUUAUACGCCCCAGAUGAACAAUUACCCACUAAUGGAUAUAGAAUAUCACCUACCAAUUACUCAUUUUCAGUUACUGAUACCAAAUAUCACACACGCAUUCGUAGACUGAUAGCAGACUUAGUAGCGAUAACAAAUACGUAUCUGCAUAUAUGCAAUACUAUCUAACCAAUAUCCGACAUUCGAUUUGUACGCAAACGCAUACGCUGAAUACAAUAAAGUUA